AUGUUACCAGCCGAGGCGCCAUACCUUCCUGCAGGGCGCUACCCCCGUGAUCCGGCCGACUUAACAUACCCCUCCGACCUAUUUGGUCCCGCGCCCCAGCGUCUCCACGAUCCUAGCGAGCAGCAUCAGGAGGUGGUGGUGGAGGGGGAGGUGGUGGCGGCAGCGGAGGAGAAGCAAGGGAUCGGCUCCAUCUUUUCCUCUAUCGACAAACAUGAUGAUCCGGCGCUCAAGGCCGAGGGGAAGAAAUUUCCCAGGGAGAAAGCCAAACUGAUACAGACGGUGUGGGUAAGGAGUGACAUCAAACAGAACGAAGAACACAGAGAGCUGUGCAAGAUGCUUCUAGAUCUAGGACAUGAGUGGUCUGCCCUUCCUCCUUUUCCUAUGAAAGUAUUCCCUCACGUAAUAGGCGCAUGCGUUUUGCGGGGAUACUGUCACCACCGUAUAUACAGAACCCAUCAUACUUCCACCACAAAAUCAACUCUUGGAUAUCGCGAACCAAAUCGGAUGCUACAGGUAUUCUCGCUGCAUUUGUCAAGCUCUGCAUCAUAUCCUGUUAGUGUCUAUGGAAUAAUCGCCGUUCGGGAUUCCUUGGAGCCUCUGCGGAAUUACGUGUUUAAUCGUCCCUGCAGAGAUGAUGCUGUCACCAUUGACCAGGAUUCCUUUAUCCUACCCCUUUGUAGCCCUUGUCGAGGAAUGUACUUACGUCAGGAUGCAUUACUAGAAGUUGAUCUGUGGGUAAAGGAGGAAGGGGAUGGAUCGGCUGACAAACAAAUACUUUCUGCGUAUGCUGAGAUUGAGAGCUGCCCAGCUUAUGAUGAAAUGCUAUAUGGACAGAUUCGUCAUGGCCUGUUCAGCUUGGACAUAGGCUACAUAUCAUUUACAAGAAGUAUCGAGGCCGUAAUAGAAGUCUUUGCAAAGGUUGAUGGUCCUCAUCAUGUGAGAUUUGGUGCUUUCAGCAGUGGCUUUGAUCAUGAGAUUGUGUUGUUUGAUGACACAUUCUCUGGGACUAAGAUGCAGUUUCAGCAUGUAGUCGUGGUGAAAGCAGAGGAAAAAUUGGAUGUUUGCUUAAAGUUGGGGGAAUCACUCUUUCGGUGGAGUUUCCAAGAUGGACAUGUUGGACCUGUUAGGAUUCCUGAUGACUCGAUGUCAAAGUAUGGCCAGUUUGAUGUGAGGGUGUUCUUUGCUCCUAAGAACUCGCGACCACCGAAAUAAGUGAAGAAGACACCC